UAUAUUAUCACCGAAUCAAAAAGUCAACGCUUGUAGUUCAUUUUUUCUCUGAUGAUCACUCCUAAUUUAGAAGCUGGGUUAGUCUUUAAGUAGUGCAAUCUUUCAAACUGUGAAUGAGAACUCAAGUGGCUGAAGCUAAAACUUGUUCAUUUGCAAGUUUGUCGAAUCAACAUGAUGAUGAAUCUUGCAAUUACUGUUGCAGUAGCUUUCCUUGUUGUGUACUUGCUGAAAAUUUUGUACUCAGUUCUUUGGGUCCCAUGGAGAAUCCAGUGCCACUUUCAGAAGCAAGGGAUAGGUGGCCCUGGUUACCGUCCAAUCAUUGGGAACUCGUCUGAGAUCCGACGGUUUUAUGCAGAAGCUAAAUCAGAGGCAUCGGCAUCCCCAUCUGUGCAUGACAUAGUAAAACGUGUGCUUCCAUUCUACCAUGGCUGGAGUUGCUUGUAUGGUAAAACUUUCCUUUACUGGUUCGGGUCAGCGCCGCGUUUGGCCAUAUCUGACCCUGACAUGAUCAAGGAGGUGUUGGUGAAUAAGGGUGGGGAGUAUGGGAGAGUUCCCUAUAACCCACACUCUAAGUUGCUUUUUGGAAAGGGACUUGGGGGGUUGGAGGGUGAUCAAUGGACAUUUCAUAGAAGGAUAAUAAACAUGGCCUUCAACAUGGAGCUUAUUAAGGGAUGGGUGCCAGAUAUUGUAGAGAGUGUCACAAAGAUGCUGGAGAAAUGGGAAAGUGAAAGAGGUGAACAAGAUGAAGUCGAGAUAGAUGUACAUGGAGAGCUUCAUGACCUUUCCGCGGAUGUUAUAUCAAGGACUGCUUUUGGCAGCAGUUAUGAAGAGGGCAAGCAUAUUUUCCAGUUACAGGAGCAGCAAAUGCAUCUUUUCUCAGAGGCAAUUAGAAGUGUCUAUAUCCCUGGAUUUAGGUACUUGCCAACUAAGAAGAACAGGGAUAGGUGGAGACUGGAUAAAGAAACACGUGAAUCAAUUCGCAAGCUGAUUGAGACCAAGAGCAAUGUGAGGGAAAGAAAUGUAUUAAGUUCAUUGAUGAGUUCCUACAAGAAUGAAUUUGGUGGAGAAGACAAGUUAAGGGUGGAAGAGAUUAUAGAGGAAUGUAAACUCAUCUACUUUGCUGGAAAGGAAACAACAGCUAAUUUAUUGACCUGGGCACUUAUUCUAUUAGCAAAACAUCAGGAAUGGCAAAGUAAGGCGCGUGAAGAAGUUCUACGUGUUAUUGGACGUGAUCGACUUCUGGUUGCAGACAAUUUAAAUGACCUUAAGAUUGUUAACAUGAUAAUUAAUGAAACACUUCGGCUCUAUCCUCCAGCUCCAUUUAUGACAAGGCAAACCUCUGAAAAUGUGAUUUUAGGGGGCAUUGAAGUUCCUGCUAAGACACAACUCUUCUUGGCAUUGACUGCUGUUCAUCAUGACAGGGAAAUCUGGGGAGAAGAUUGUCAGGAGUUUAAUCCAAUGAGAUUCAGCGAGGCUCGGAAACAUUUAGCCGCAUUCUUUCCUUUUGGAUUAGGCCCUCGAAUCUGUGUUGGGCAAAAUUUGGCAAUAGUUGAGGCAAAGAUUGCUCUUGCUUUGAUCAUUGAACGAUAUAGUUUUAUGGUAUCUCCAAGCUAUAAGCAUGCUCCAACACAAUUUUUAACUUUGCAACCUCAAUAUGGUGCACAAAUCUUCUUUAGAAGGAUUUCAUAUUGACGCUUGUUAUCCCUUUUCCCCUUGGUGUCUGUCUGUAAUUUGGGAAUUUGCAUGUAGAUACCAUUUCAGCUAUAAAUAUUGUGCACUUUUGACACAGGUGUGAAAUCUGGGUUGAUAAUCAAAUAUAUAUUGGUCUGUGGUGCUUA